AUGAGCACAACAAUUGAUAAUUCAUACGUACAUGAAGGAGGCAUUAGACCUUACUUUGAACAACAAAUUCAGGAUACGGAGAUUGAAAUCCAACAAAGAACUCAAAAUUUACGUCGAUUGGAGGCACAGCGGAACAAAUUGAACAACAGCGUAAGACAAUUGAAAGAUGAAUUGAGAUUAUUGCAAGAACCAGGAUCGUUUGUUGGUGAAGUUAUUAAAGUGAUGGGAACAAAGAAAGUGUUGGUGAAAAUCCAUCCUGAAGGGAAAUAUAUCGUGAAUGUGACUAAAGACAUUGAUAUCAAGAAGUUGACACCAUCAAUAAGAGUCUGUUUGAAAGCAGAUAGUCACGACUUGUACAAGAUCUUGCCAAACAAAGUUGAUCCUUUAGUGUCUUUGAUGAUGGUUGAGAAAGUUCCCGACUCAACGUAUGAUAUGGUUGGUGGGCUAGACAAACAAAUCAAGGAGAUCAAGGAAGUUAUUGAGUUGCCAGUAAAGUAUCCAGAAUUAUUUUCGAGCUUGGGAAUAGCACAACCAAAAGGUGUAAUAUUGUACGGACCACCUGGUACGGGAAAAACUUUAUUGGCAAGAGCCGUUGCCCAUCAUACCGACUGUAAAUUCAUUAGAGUUUCGGGUUCUGAGUUGGUGCAAAAGUAUAUUGGAGAAGGGUCAAGAAUGGUUAGAGAACUUUUCGUGAUGGCGAGAGAACACGCUCCAUCUAUCAUUUUUAUGGAUGAAAUCGAUUCUAUAGGAUCCUCUAGAGUUGAAGGAUCAUCUGGUGGUGAUUCGGAAGUGCAAAGAACGAUGUUGGAGUUAUUGAACCAAUUGGACGGUUUCGAGAGCUCUAAAGAUAUCAAGAUUAUCAUGGCAACAAAUAGAUUAGACAUUUUAGAUCCCGCCUUGUUGAGGCCGGGAAGAAUUGAUCGGAAAAUUGAAUUUCCCGCACCAACUUUACAAGCAAGAACUGAUAUUUUGAGGAUCCACUCCAGAUCGAUGAAUUUGACUAGAGGAAUCAAUUUGAAGAAAAUUGCCGAAAAGAUGAAUGGUUCUUCCGGUGCUGAUGUCAAGGGUGUUUGUACAGAAGCAGGCAUGUAUGCAUUAAGGGAGAGAAGAAUCCAUGUAACACAGGAAGAUUUUGAAUUAGCUGUCGCCAAGGUCAUGUCGAAGAACAACGAAGAAGAAACCUUCCAAGAAGGGGUUUGGGAAUUUUUUUCACGGAAUAAAAGUAAAGCAAAAGCCAUCAGGGAUGCACUUGAGAAUGAUGAGUCCGUUUUAGAUAUAGGUGAUGGCAAUACCUCAGUUGAAGUGCUCUUUAACGUUUACGAAUAUGCAUAUACUUCGAACAAUAAUGUUGAAGAACCAGUGCAUGAAAAUGUGGGUGAAUCCAGUGCUAACUUUAUUAAUACUGAUAUGGGAAAUGUCGAAUUUGCUCCUGAAAUGGCUGUUUGA